AUGUCGCAGCCAACGGUGACGGCGUACUUUAACACACGUAAACGACAGGCGAGUGAUGAUUUACGUGGUAAGUCGAAAGUUUUGCUGAUCGAGCGAGAUUACGCGAAUAGCCGAACGCCGACGAAUCCAGAAAAUUCAGAGGAAACCGUUUCGGAUGAGACCAGUGCGAGAACGAGUCCGAAAGUCAUGCUGAGAGAUACACCCGCAAGCUUGAGAGAAGGUACCCGUGCCAACAAAGUUGUUCGCAACAUUCAAUUCGAUUCUCCGAAAACGAGUAGAUCGAGAGCGCGCGUCGCGCGUUCCCGCACUGCGUCUUCGAACGGUGGGCAGACGGACAUUAGAGAUAGUCUGCUGAAGAUGGGGAGCGGUGAGCAGGAGACGAAGACAGUGUCCUUCGAGAAGAAAGGUGCUCUCAGCCCGAAGAAGAAACACCCACAAACUCCUAAGAAGAAUCUCCAAGCUGCUCCAAACGAUAAUAAGGAGGCUGAGAAGGAACAGGAUGCUUGUGAUUCGCUCACUCCGUCCUCGUCGAAGAACUUGACGAUGAGAAAAUUGGUGAAUGAAAAUUUAAGUUUAUCCGAUAUCAAGAACAGAAUUAACAAGUCUUCUAGAUUGACGGAGCUGAAGGCUGCGAUGCAACGGAUUAUGGAGCAUGAUCAGAAACUGAAGCAGCUGCAGCAAAAACAGAAUGAUGCCAAGAAACCUCAGAUACAGAAGUUUGAAAAGAUAGAGCUGGAAGUUCCUGUCAGCCCAAAGAAAGGGUACAAAUCACCAACCAAGGCUUUGUUAACUCCAACGAAGAAUAAAAAUCUCUUGAAGACAGCUAGUCCGCAGAGGCGAAUAUUAUUUGAGCCUAAAGAAGCGACACCGAGUCCAGCAAAAUCUAGCCCUGCUAAGAGCUACGAAAGAUAUUUGUCAUUGGCUGAAACCGAAGUACCCGCGUUAACAUUGCCAUAUAACUACAGAUUCCUGGCUGAAAUAUUCAGAUGUGUAGAGACUGUUUCAGCAAUGCUGUUUAAUAGGAAGGAAUUGAUAACAUUCAAUAAACUGAGACCCGCAGUUCAGGAGUUACUGCGGCGCAAUUUUACGCAAGAUCAUCUUGCGCAGAUGAAAACCAUUUAUCCUGAUGCAUAUAGUUUUCAUCAAGAGAAGCAUCGAAAUUUUGGUUCAGUGUCUAAGCAAGAGAAAUACGAGCUUGUUUUAACGCCAAUAGUUGAGACAAGUAGUGGCAGAAAUACGCCCGACGCGGAUAAUGUAUUGAAGACGGCAUCUGACAGUAGCAUGAAUCCUACCAUAUUGCUGCAGAGAAGGAAGAAAUUUUAUAACGUUUUAUUAGAGAGAGUGAAAGACGAACAUGAGAAAUUCUUAUUAAGCUUUGAUAGUCCGAGAUUGAUGAACAUACCAAGAGAGAAAAUAAUACGUUGGCAUCCUGAGUUUGAUGUGGAGUCGUGCAAAGAAAUUGAGAAAGCUGAAUUACCGCAACCUCUUGACACCGAAAAGCGGACCGCGAAAGAUGUUCUCGACAAAGCUAAAUCUUUGUUCAGCUGUGGCACACGCAUGGAGAAAGCAUUGCAGAGAUUAGCUGAGGCAAAUUUGACUUCAAAACCCAAAUCCCCAUCCCCUACGCAAGAUUCUCAAACUCAAACUGCUGGAGAUAAUAUUCGACAAGUUAAUAUUGCCAUUGUCGAUACUCCACCGACUACGCCGUCCACACAAACUGCAUAUGUUAAUACGCUGUUUAGAGGAAUUCCCAAAGCUCUGCUCGAGAAGGUUCGUGCUAAGCAGGCGGCCAAGGCAUUAGAAGCAAUGACGAGAACACCUACCGCAAGUAAAGAGGCUGCACUGUACUCCAGACUUCCUGAAUUGGCGAAGCUUCUUCGUAACAUUUUCGUCGCGGAAAAGAAGGGCGUACUUCCAAUGGAAACGGCGAUACAAAAGUUGGACAAUUCUUUCAGAACGAAACUAACACCGCAAGAAAUGGAGGAGCAUAUACGGCAACUGUGCAAACUGCUGCCUAUGUGGAUCGGUAUACACAAUGUGCGGAAGGUGGAUUAUGUGAAAUUGGACAGAAAUGUUGAGCUUGCUAAGGUGGUCAAACGAUUAGAAAUUCUAGCCAACGAUAAAGUCAAGUUAGCAUCAUGAUUAUAUAUUCCGAGACAUUAUUUUGGAUGCUUGUAUUUUUAUCCGAAUAAUCUAUUGCUGCCUGUAAGUUAAAAAAUUUUGUAUAUUUACAUUUUAUGAUCUUAUAUGAGUUUUGAAACAUAAUUGAAUAAUGUAUGUUUUAUAUAUAACGACGUCGUCAUUUGUUUUCCACGUUUCACUUUGUGUAUUUCUGAAUGUGAGACCGAUUUAUGAAAUAUAAAAUGAAACAAGAUUGUUUCCACUGUUAUUAGA